GCCAAUAAGUCACCCGCCCGGUCGGCACAAUUGCGGUCCGCUGCCCAAGCCACAGCGUGUGGUGUGGCUGACGCUCAGGUCACAUGGGAUUGUGGCUGCGACGGGCGGUGACUACGGCUCGACCCGCUCUCAGCCAACUUGGAUCUGGAAUCUUGGACCCUGGCUCGCAUGGCAUCCAUGUUGCGGCGUUGAUUGCCUUCCCGCGAAUCCCUAUCUUGUGUUCAGGAUCUGGUACCCGGCAGGUUGAUACUGUCGUACAGCCUCCUGCACCCCAGAAAAGACGACUUAUAAGUGCCAUCCACCUCGCUUGGCUCGCUCACGCGCUCUUGAUCACGCCAAUAAUAAAAUACUCGAACCUGCAGGGCUCAUAUGCUUACUACGGCAUGAGUUUUGUUGCAGCCAUAGACCCGUCGAAUAACCAGGUCUGCCAUAUUUCAGCAUUGGUUGUGCAUGAUGGGUUCUCACGCUCUCGUCGCACUCAGAGUGACGAGUGAGUUCCGCCGACUAUCCACCUACCACCGGCAUUUUUAUUGCGGAAGCGCAAAUGGAGUUAUCAUCCAUGAAGAAUUGUCUCUUGAUGCUUAGACACUUUAUCAGCAGCUGGACUCGGCAUGAGAACCAAAUCCAUUACAUGGAAAGCGAAAGCGUUCUGGCUUGACAUCCGACGG